UUUCGACAAAGUCUACGUAUACAAAAUUAUUAUAUUGGUUACUAAUGACGCGACACAUCAUAUCGAUUGGACUGUGACCAAACAGUGGCUGUCACAUUAGCUUCUACCCCAUCCGAGUAAAUAAAAUCACAAUUAAUAGACACGAAAAUCUUCCAUCAACUUGCUCAAAGUGAAGAUUGAAGAAUGCCUACUGUGAAGAGGAAACUCAGUCUCAACAAUACCGCCGUCAGUGUCGGCUGCGGUAGCGCCUGCCGGAGAAUAAACCUCUCCAAGAUCUUCCAUCGUAAACCCAACAAACACAAACACAGCCGUUACUAUUCCGACGUAGACCGUCACCACCACCACCAUAGCUCCUCCUCAGUCUCAGCCUCCACCUCAUGGAGCACAACCACCAACACCACCACUGCUACAUUAUCGCCAAAUGCCUCAGACACAGCAACUCAUGACUCCAAUGUCGUGCAAGGGUUUGGGUGGCUCAGCGGCAACAGCCUAGCCGUGGAGAAAGAUUCUAACGAUCCCUAUGUCGAUUUCAGGGAAUCAAUGUUGCAGAUGAUAAGGGAGAAGGAGAUAUAUGGGAAAGAUGAUCUCCGGGAGCUUCUUAACUGUUUCUUGCAGUUGAAUUCUCCCUACUACCAUGGAAUCAUCGUCAGAGCUUUCACUGAAAUCUGGAACAGCCUUUCGGUUUAAUAUGCAAGUGCACUACUUAUAUAUAUAUGUAGCUAGCUCAAUAAGUUUCCCAAUUUGUUAUUUAGUUAUCUAUAAUGGUGUUUUGUAGUAGUUGUAGAACUACAUUUUCUUUAAAUCGUUAACUGUAAUUGUUAUGAAGCAUGCUAAUAUAUAUUAACUGUAUAAUAAGUAA